AUGGCGUCAUCCAGCGCACAGGAUGAAGCAGAAAGUGGCAGUGUGACCCCUUCACAAGAUUUCCCACAGGCAACACGCUUGCUUGAGACGAGAUUAUUUCACCAGUAUAUGAUUUCAACGUACCACACCCUCUCACAGGAUGGUCUUUCAGCACACCAUCUCUCCAUGACUAUUCCGCGCAUGGCCGCAUCUUGUCCCUACCUGCUUGACAGCAUCCACGCAUUUUCAGCUUUACACUUGGCUUCGGUUGAACCUGAUAAUCGGACGUCAUGGCUAAAUCAUGCCGUGCGAUACCAGAGCCAGGCAUGCGCUGGACUGAGCAUGGCUCUUUCAGGAAUCUCACCACCAGAUUACGAACCAGCAUUUGUCUCAUCCAUCAUCAUAAUGCUUUUUGCCAUGGGAUCUCGAGUACUAUCAGUUGAAAGCCGACCACUGGACCCGAUUUCAGUAAUUCUUGAGGCUCGCACAUUGAUGUCUGGCCCGGCCAUGCUUUUGUCCCGGAUACUUGAAGGCGGUGUUGAAGCGCAACUGAACGGUUGGCUGUGCGCUCCUGACACACAAGAAAGUCUCCAAACCGGGGAGCAUGAUCAGUACGGCACCCCUUCUCUCUGUAAUGGCAACCCGGUCGAAAACACACGUGUACUAUUUGGCCUACACACAGACAUACUCACGUCGCUAGAUCGACUUCAUUCGAUGAUUGACACACGGAAAGGAGCGGACCAACCGAUCUACGAGGCCACAUGGCAGCGGCUCCAUCAGGCCAUCGAACCAUGGCCGAAGAUCGGGCCAUAUGGCGGUCCCCUUGCAUGGCCCUUAUCCCUCUCCGACAAGUUCUCCUCGUUGCUCCAACAGGGCGACUGGGUUUCCCGGGUUCUGCUUCUGCAUUAUGGUAUAGCUAUGCGUCUCCUGUGCCAUCGGUGGUACGUGCGCGACUGGGGUCGUCGGCUCGUAUUGGCCACAUUAGAACCACUGGAUGAAAUUCCACAGGAGUGGGAGGAGACUUUUUCGUGGAUAAGACGAGCCGCUGCAAGGGAGGACUAG